GUGAAGCUUUUCAAGGUGCAGAAAGUCCACAUUUGCCUUAAUUUGUUUUUGAAAAGUCCUUCUCACUGUGAAAUAAGCUCCUGUUCUUAUACAGUAGCCCCAACACUAAAAGUAAACAUUAUUAGACAACAGCACCUAAAAGAAAAAAGUCCUUAAUAGAUGACUACAUAAUGUAAAGGUUAAAUAUGGUCAUGGAAGUAGGACAUAUAUUCCACAUUCUUGUAAUGUUUUUAGAUAUAGAUAUCUGUCCAUCUGUCUGUCUAUCAACUAAUUUUAAUGAAAAUUAACUAAUGAAAAUCAAACGUUGCUUUUGAAUUGUGGUUCAACAGAAUCAUUUUUAAAAGCAAACUAAUGAAACUGGCCUGGACAAAAAUGAUGGUACCCUUAACUUAAAAUUUUGUUGCAUUUUAACACUGAUUUACCUUGAACUUGGAGUUCACCUCCAGUCUCUUUGGAAUCUUUUCUAGGGGUACCAUCAUUUUUGUCCAGGCCAAUUUCAUUAGCUGUCCUAUGCUAUAUUUACUCCACCAAGGAGGCAAAGCCUCGGCGGAGUUGUGUGACAGUCGGCGUUGGUUUGUCUGUCUGUCUGUUUGUCUGUUAGCAACACUACUCAAAAACACAUUAACGGAUUUGGAUAAAAUUUUCAGGCAAGGUCAGAAAUGCCACAAGGACCAAGUGAUUAAAUUUUGGCAGUGAUGCGGCUUAUAGUCUGGAUCCACGAUUUUUAAAAAAGCUUUCAGCCGUUGGAAAUGACAGAAUCACUGAGCAUCCUUGGCGGAGUACUGCACUCUAGCUUUUCUAGUUUUAUCUGACUACUAUAAAGGGACUUAAUCUGUAAUUUCAUCAUACGACAAUGAGAAUUAAACUGCAUCUCGAAUUUCAAAAAAGAAAAUCACAUCUGAGCAACUUAUACACAAUGGCACAGCCACAUUGAUAAGCCUUGAUUCAUACAGUCUGCAGUUUUUUGAGGACAUUCCUUCCUGCUUUGGUUGCAGGAGCUUUGUUACUUUCAGCCUGUAUUGUAUUUUUAAACUCCUUAUCUUUUGGUUUAGGAUUAUAGUUUGUUCUCCUUGUGAGAAAUAUGCAGCUCUACACCUGUUCAUGGUUGUGGAAGUCUGAGUUGAUAUCCAGCUUUGUGUAAUCGUUGAGCCUGACUGUGGUUGUUAGGUUUAGUAAAGCCAGAUAACAAAAGACAUCAGGGGUAUGUUGAACUUGCUUUCUGGUACAGGCUGCUCCAGUCUGGACCCUCACUGCAUUAAGUGUGAGGUAGAAUAGGCCUAUUGUGUGUUGGGGCCCCACAUCCUUACACAUACAUAAACACUGUAAAUCUGGAUUAGACACCAAUGUCCACUCUGGGAUCACUAGCUAACAUUUGUAGUUUAUUGUGUGAGCUUAGGGAAGUUUCAUAACUGGUAAGAAAUAUUAAUAAAUUUGCACAUAUUUAGUCCUAAACCAAAUUCUUGGACAAAUUAAAGUUUUGAGCUUUAGUAUUUAGAUUUAAUGAAUGUCUGCACCAAACUACAUGACAAUGAAAUUGUUGAAAUGCAGUAUUUCAGUGACUCUGCAACAAAGUGGAUGACCAACACCAGACGAAAGUUUACUGAAAUGGAGCAAUAAUCAGUUCAAACCUGUUCGGAGCAAAUGACGUGUUUGUGUCUCCUUUGAUAAACUGCUGUCAGUCUUUAGAUAACAAUCAAACACUUGACUCUUUAUAAUCAUCAUCAGUGUUUAAUAGCAUUUUUUUUUUUACCUCUGAACAUUCAUGUGAUGCAGGUUUAUCAGCUGGGCAUACCUUUUUCCUGUUACUGUACUGUGAUGGCAAAUCUGUUCUUCUUUAUUCUGGACACCAAGAUAAAAGCAUUAAAUCAUACAGAAAAGAAUAAAUCCAGUUGACAGCUGCAUUAUAAAUGGUAUCCAAAAAAAAUUUCUCCUUAAAUUUAUCACAACUUCUUGAUGUGUCAAUGUUUCUAAACUCUGAAACCUUGUAAUUAUUUCCAGGUUUGCAUUAGACAUAUGAUAGGUUUGUGAUGUUUUCUCAGAUUUUUGUAUCUUAGCAUACCUUGCAUGGAAACACAUUUACCAAAAAAUGUAACAUGAGUUUACAAUUUCCAUGCAAUGUUCCAGGGUGAAGGCGCAUCAGCUGUAAAUGGUAAGUCCUAUUUUGUUUUCCAUCUACUACAUAUUUCAUUUAAUUGGGCUUAAAGGUGAGAAAAGGCAUAGGAAUAUUAAUUUUCAACAAGGCCACAAACUGCACAGCUUCCCCCCCACAAUGUCCAGAUGUCAGCUUUAUUUCACAUUAAGCACAUUUAGAAUGGAAACUGAGUUAAACAACUCACUUAAUUUCAUUGCAUUUAAUGCUGAAUGUAGCCAUAUGAAGUUUUAAUCUACAUCAGUAUAUACGGAUUAAUAACAUGACAGAUCCCCCACAAAUGAAGAAAAAGUGUGCUUGGCAUGUUUGUUUUAUUGACAACCAGUGAAAUGACAAAGGACGUUUAUUUUUCUAAUUAUUUUAUACUGUGUUUCUAUGUGGCCACUUCAUGUAAACUCAGCUGGUUUGUGUUUUUUUUUCUUUUUACAAUACAGAAGCAGUUUGUCCCACGGUACUGACUCUCUACUGUACUGUUCAGCUCUGAGAUGGACACAGAUGGAAAUUGUUAUUGUUUCAGUUUUCUCUGUUUAUCAUUGAAUAAGCUAAAAUAGGCUUGUUACUGAGGGCACUUCUUUUUUCUUUUUUACCUCUAAGAGUGCAGUAUCAUUCCUUUCUUAUUAAGUUGAAACGUCACACAUGUAUACAUUAGGGAAUUAAACCCAGUGUAAUUUAACAUCGGCAGAAUUGUCCUCAUGAUUUAUUAUCACAUCUUUGCUUUAUAUGAACACUUUGUACUUGAGUAAAUGUUCUGUAAACUUUCUCUGUUUUGACUCCAAACUGACAGAAAGUCCUUCUCUGUUUUCUAUUACCUACACAUUUCAUCUAUUAGGGCAUAUAAAGGAAAUAGAAUAUUCAUGUCUAAUUAGGAAAUUAUUAUAAAUCAAGGCGUAUAAAAGAAAAAAAAGUGUAUAUGCAGUUUUAAAUUUUGAAAGGGAACAGAAUUAAAUUAAAUUUGAUUAUAAUGAGAUAAAUUUGAAAAUAGUUGCAAUUUCAUGGUUGUAUUACAUUUUUUUUAUGUAUUCAUAUGAUCAUUUAUUUUGAAAUGUUGUAUUUAUUUCCUGAAUUUUGAACACUUUGGAGCACUAUGUAGUGUAUCUUAGUGAUUUUAAUCUGCAGAUAAGGAAGCAUCACCUGACUAUGACUCUUUGAUCUUGAUUAGGAUCAUUUUUGAGAUCAAGGCACACCCUGCACACACAGUAUUACAAUCAGUAAACAUAGCCUUCGUAUGCAUGCAGUGGAACCAGUUUACGUUGUUUGUGCACUAACUGAUCGCUGUUAGUUCAAUAAUUUAAGCUCCCAACUGCUGUUAAAAAAAAAGUCUGAACAAAAGAAACAAUGUAUGUUUGAGGCCCAGAUGACGACACAAAAGUGAUGAGGAAUGCACAGUAUUUAGCUUUGAUUUCACUCAUCGACAAAGGGGGGAAAAAAACUAUCCAAUUCAAUACAACACAAAAACAAAUGCUUCCAAACUUCUGAAUGAAAGGGAGCAGAAAAAAGAAUAAACUUAUGUAAUCUGUAUCUUUAUAUCAAAUAAUCAAAAAUCAUCAAACAACAAACAAAAUGACUAUAAUGUCUGAGAGGCCUGUACAGUCACUCUCACUCGUAUCAGAGUUUUCUCUCCUGACAAACACUAUGAUCCUCUUAAUUCAUUUCUUUGUAUUUUAAUAAUAUGCUGGUUUUAAUUCCAUUUUUAAAUCUUGUGUGUCAUUUUGAUUCUUUUGAUUCCUCAUCUAGACUGUUCCACAAAUUGACCCCCUUCACAGAAACGCAACGUUCCAUUAAUUUGGUCCUAAAUUUUGGAAGAGUGUGUGAGCAGGUAAAUACAGUCUGAGAAAUGAGCAGGUGGAGUAAACAUGGGAUCAUUUACACCUGUUCUUAAAGCUCUGGAGCUGACUCUUAAACUGGAGGGUUUAAAUCCGCAAACUUUUCCCAUCAGCAUGUAAAUGUGAUUUUAAGCAAGACAUGGAAAUCCAGAUGUGUUGAUGCUCACUAUUAGAAAGUUAAAUAGGACGUUUCUGAGAAGAAAAUCAAUUAAAAGUAAGAAUAUAUUGUAUAGAAUUAAGCUACUAUUCAUUUUAACCAAUUAAUAUUAACAUGGCAAGGUGAAAAAUGGCAAUUUAUACCAAAAUUCCUAAAGAUAUUGACGUUUUCAGGGUAUGCUGUAAGUUUUUUUUUUGCAUGUGUUUGACUGAAUAUCAUCCCAUUUAUAUGAUAAGGUGCAAUGUCUACAAGUGCUAAAGGGUAAACAUAAUAUUUCCAGAAUAUCUGCCAACCUUGGUGCUCCAACAAAAACAAUAAGCAUGUGUUGCGUUGCAUAUUCUUUUCAAAUGUCAAAGGACGGUUGUUAAUAAUUUCCUCAUACUUUCCAUCUUGGGGACAGUCUACAAAAAAGGCAUGAGUGGUUGAACCAGGUGGUAAACAGCUGUGGGCAGGGAUAAAUGGAGGCCUGUGCAGUUCCCUGAAUCAGAUUGCUCUCAGGAUUUCCUCCUCUGGCUCUCCAAGCUUCUUCUGCAGAUUCUCACCAUGAACUUCAUCUGCUUGUUGUCCUGCUUCGGCCUGCUGCUGGCAGCUGCUGCCGCCCAGCACCCCAAACCCUGUGUGUCCCCUCCAUUGAUGAGCGGAAGCCACACUACGUUGCUUGGUGAGGGAAUGACGGCAACAGGAACAAUCGCCUAUGAUGCCUAUGGUCAGAGGGUGCGGAUUAGAGAGAUAGGACUGGUAGGCAAUGGGACCUCUUUUAUGGACGGGCUGCUGCUUUUCUCACAGUAUACCUACUAUGAGAUUGACUGGAAAAGGUUUACCUGCUCAAAGUGGAAGCUGGUGGACGACUUCUUUCCCAUGGAAGUGCCCAAGGAUGCUAAACUGACGGCUCAGGUUGUCAUGGGAGCCUCCUCCUUUGGCGGAAUGGGUGUGCUGGUCAACAACUGGUACGGAAGCCUGCCAGGAAAUGGAAUGUACUCCUAUGUCUUUACUGAGAUUGGCUGCAUCCCUCUGACCUUCACCACCUAUACUCCAGCAGAUGGAUGGGCCACUCUCAGACCAAAGAACUACAGACUCUUCACAACCUGCUCAAACUCUUGGUACAGGACCUCACCACACGGAUCAAGAAGGUUUCCAUCUCAUUUCUACUCUGAAGCUCACCUUCUCCUGCUCAAACUGCUGACAAAUGUUUCUGCUGCUCUAAAGUCUGGUCUCCAGAACUUCCUAAAAACUCUCAAAGUCUCUUCUGCUGCAGGUUGCUUUGUAGAACUGUUACAGAAAACCUCACUAAACCACAUGGAGGGGCCUCAAGAUAGUCGUCCAAAUGAAACCAUACAAAAACCAAACUAGCACAACCCAAACGCUAAAGUCUCCUGCAGCCUACCAGAGAACCUCUGAGAACAGAGAAUCAGGACAGGAACUCUUACCUUCUGGACAACCAACGUUGGUUCACAAACAAGAAUACAGAAUGUGUCUGACCAAAAACCUCUGAAGACUCACUACAGCCAAGAUAAAGACACAACUCAGCUGCACCAAAUCCACUAAUCACUGCACACAUUAGCACCAUGUGCUAACUGUGGCUAAAGAACCACAUUUACCAAGACAACUAUCCGGUACAAAGCCCUAAAACACACCAAGAAACACGUUAAAGAUGAUUUUACUGCUGGAAGCUGCAAGCCAAUGCCUAAAGAACAAACUAAAGCAAGAGUCAAACCCGGUUCAUUGGUGAAGACAAGCAGAGGAAAUGUUUGUCUGCAGCUAAAUAAAGCAGGAAGACACUGAGCUGCUCAGGUGUUCCUGAUAGCACCAAGCUGCUCAGGUGUUCCUAAUAACACCAAGCAGCCACCUGGACAGCCAAUAGGAACACAGCUUACUGGAAGUCCAGAGGGCUGGGUUAGUGAAGGAAAUUUAAUUUAAAGUUGAAGCAGAAAGUUAACAAAGAAAGUUGAAAAACACCUUCUGAUACUCUGAGUUUUCACACAAAGAACACCUGAACAUGUCAAACUGGUUCCAUAGUAGAACCAUCAUUGUGAAAAUAUCAUAGUAUGGUGUGUUGCUCAAAAAACAUUAGGACCCAGCUGUCAGGAGACAAACAUGUAAGAAACAUGAGAACAGAGAGAACCCAACCAGUAGGUCACAGUUUAUCAUCCCCCAGUCAUCUCCUGAAGUCCAUAUGGUGAGAGACAUCAGUAUCUGGUUGUUAAUUUACCAGAGGAUGCUUAUAAUCAUGCUGAUGUGGUCCUAGACUCUACAGUAUUUUAGUGACUCAAUAAAUGCCUAAGUUGUUUAGUUUUUAAUGAACAUUUAACAGCCUAUAUGUAAUCAAUAAAUGGCCUUUGCUUAUCUU